AUGGUUCAUGCCACUUUGCGUAGAGUAGACGGUGAAGAUGCUGAGUCAUUGGUUGAUGCUUCGUUUGGCUGGCAGACCUUGGAGAGCACAGGGCAUUUUGUGUGGCGGGGAAGAACUGACAGGUACAUUGAUCCAGCCACACUUGUGCCGAUCACUUGGCCUCAUCGCACCACUUUGGUGUAUGCCGGUGCAGGCUGGCAAAUGCUUGAAUGGUGUGUCGAGUGGCUAGAACUUAAGGAUCCUGUUGCUUUGCUUCCAUGCGGUAUGUGCGAUUGCAUCACUGUGCUCAGCAUGAAUCAAGAAGAGCCAGGUGACUUCGGUGUUGAGCUCGAUUCGGGACUGUCUGAGCAUGUGAACGACAGCGGGUUGCAGGCAGAGCUAGAAUUGCAAGAUGCCGAUGAGCAGAUGCCCGAAGUGCCAGGUCAGGCCGACCCGCCGAAACAUGAACAUGCAGAGCAGGAUUCAGUGAUCACAGUGAAUGGCGUAGGACUGUCGAUGGAGUCGACUCUGGGAGCUUUGCGUGCCGGUUGCAAAUUUCUGAAUUUGUCGCAGUCGGGAUCCAAGCAAAGGUGUUUUCAGCGAUUGCAGGGAUAUGUGCAGAAAGAGCGAAUUUCUUCAGAAGUCGAGGUGGCCCGACAGGCCGAAGGUGAUGAUGCACGUGAGCCGCGCAUGCAGUUCCUGCCUGAGCCUCCUAGUGAGGAGGCCCGCUUGCUUCACGAGAUCACGCAUCUGCCUUAUGCUAGCUGGUGCCCGCACUGCAUCGCGAUGAAGAGUGUUCCUGAUCAACACCGCGCCGUGCCGGAAGGCAAUGCACGAGAACACCCCACAGCUUCUUUUGAUUUAUUUUACACGGGGUAUGAUCCGACAGGCAAGCUUGAGAGUGGCCCCGAUGAUCGCGGGGGUGACCGAGACAAGCUUACGUGCCUCAUUGUGCAUUGCAAUCACACUGAUGCCAUUGCUGCAAUUCCACUGCCUGACAAUAGUGCUGCAAGCAUGAAACAUGCCGCGGUUGAACUAGUUCGGUUUUGCCAACUGUUAGGGCAUUCUGAAGUCGAGCUUAGGUGCGAUCAAGAACCGUGUAUGCUCCAACUGCAAGGCCUAGCUAUGAAUGCUCGCAAGAGGCUUGGGUUUCGCACUAGGAUUCGGAAUCCUCCGAUAGGAGCCCACCAGGCGAAUGGACUUGCAGAGAAGGCCGUGGAUGUCAUCCGGUCAUUGGCCAAUGUGUUCCUUGAUGCAGCGAGGCACCGCUAUGGGAUCAUGAUCCCGGUGUCCCAUCCGCUUUUCGCCUGGAGCUUUGUGCAUGCAGCAUGGACAUAUACUCGGUUCAAAGUCAAAGGUGGCUUAACAUCGUACGAACGCAUCACAGGCUGCCGCUAUCGGGGAAAGUUGGUUCCCUAUGCCGAACCGAUCUUCGCGUACAUCAGGACUGCCAAUUCUCCCAAAGGAAAUCCCAAGUGGGUGCAAGCAGUGUUCCUCUCCAAAAGUGGAAUCAAUGACAUGUUCAUUGUCGGAACAUCCUCAGGAAUCAUGCUUUCGAAAUCUGUGCGCCGUACGGGCCAGCCGUGGUCCACGCAGAAGACAUUGGCCGAGGCUAUCGCAGGUGCUCCGUGGAACUUUCAGUUAGGCUCUCUUGGUUUGAAGACCGUUCCGCAAGGGCGGAUCCGAGCACCAAAUCCGGCCGAGCAGGCAGCUGUGGUCGAUGGCUCGGCACCUGAGUUGCCGUUGCCGCCUGAGGUGCCGCUGCCACUUCCGAGUGCCCCUCUGAAUGCUGAGGCCGGUGGUAUCGGUGAUCGUGCAGGGCUGAUGGCCCAUGGUGCAGAUGAGGAGCCGGGACCUGCGCCAGCGUCCAAGCGUGCUACUUUGUUGCUUUCACGCGGCGAUCGAACGCCAGCUACACCGAGUGCUGUGACCCCAGGUGCCAUGCCUUCGUCAGUGAGUGUUCAAGCACAGCAUGAGUCGCCACUGCCCCGAGUGCCAGAUGAAGCAAUGCUUGAGGUAUUCUUGCCUAAGAGGUCGGCGGGGACAGGUGACGGCGGGGAGGAAAGUCCUUCUAAGACUGCUAGGCUUCGCCGUGUUGCAAAUGAGCACUUGGCUGUGAACGAUGAAGAACUUGAAGUGCCUAGUGAAUGGGAUGAUUUGGACUUUUCUUCCAAGGGCGAUGCUGUAGCAACAAGCGGUGGUCUCAGUGUUGGCCAGACGGCAAACACAGUUGAACAUGAGUGGGAUGCGAGCCCAUUGCCUCCUGAGACUGCCCAGCAAGCAGGCAUUUUGUCUGAUGAUGAAUUGAAGGCUCUGGAAGCCCAGCUGUGGUUUCCCGAAGAGCCCACCUUGAGUCCUGACGAACAAGCCAAGGUUGAUGCCAUUGCAGACAGGUUUGAGGUGCAAAGGUUGAUUCGCAAGCGAGUUCUCAAGUGUGCCGGGUUGCGAGGUGAAGUGUCCGAGGAAGGUUUCAAGCGCUUGUCAACGAAGUUUGUGAGGACAUGGCGCAAGAAGGUUAAAGGCGGUGUUGAAAUGGUGCUGAGACGGUCCAGGCUAUGUGCACGUGAGUACAAAUGGCUAGAAGCCGACCGUCUUGACAUUUUCAGUCCUGCCAGCAACACUGCCGUGUCUAAGCUCUUGCCGUGGCUGUUUGCUCGGAUGAAGAAUGAGCCCGGUGCCAGUGCUGGUGAUGACAGACCAUCUAUGCUUACGCUUGAUGUUAAGAACGCAUACUUGACGGUGCCGCAGGCUGAGAAGGUCCGAGCAUCCAUGCCCCGUGAUUACAGUGACCAGUUUGAGUAUGAUUUCGAAAUGUGCAUCCCGGGACAGCGGGACGGGGCUUUGCGCUGGAGAGAGCGUCUGAUCAACUACCUGCGUACCAAGUUCGAAGUGAAAGUGUGCGAAGCCUGCCCUGCCUUGAUCUCGAUCGAUGGGCAGAACUGCCUUCUUCAUGUGGACGAUUUGUUCAUUGUGGGCAAGCGAUCGUGGCUGCUCAAACACUUUGUGCCAGCACUUGAGAAGGAGUUUGAAUGCUCAUGGACGAUCGCCUCUGAGGAAGGAGAGAGUGUCAGCUUCUUGAAACGCACACAUCGCGUUACCGAGAGUGGCGUGAUUGUUCAAGCACAGAGUGAUUUGAUCCACAAGAUGUGUGAGGUGCUUGGGUUGCAUGAACGCAAGACUUCAGCUGUUCCGUGUUCGAAGGACAUCCUCAAGGUGUCUGGAAGUAAGCUGCUUGAUGCUGAGGGCGGCAGUACUUUCAGAACCGCCAUAGGCAUAGCAAUGUACUUGUCAAAUGAUAGGGUAGACUGUGCCUUCCCGAUCCGCACCUUGGCGCAGCGGCUCACGGCACCUACCGAGGACGACUUGAAAGCAGCACGGAAGCUUGCAGCAUACCUUCGCCACACCGCAGGUUUUGGAAUCCACAUUGUGCCCCGCGAGAAAGGCUACAGCUUUCUUGAUCAAGGACCGUCGAGGGAUCAGCAUGAACAUCUGCUGGAGGUGUGUUCGGACAGUGACUGGAGCGGCUCACAGGUGAGUCGACGAUCGAUGUCAUCAGCCGUCCACUUCCUAGACGGUGCUACCGUCUUCAGCUCGUGCAGGGGACAGAAGGUUGUGUCCCUUUCCUCGUGUGAGGCGGAACAUUACGCCUCUGUGACGGCUGCUUGCGACGGCCUUUACCUGAGCCAAUGCUUGACCUUCAUCCUUGGAGAGAAGCCGCGAAUCACUAUCAGAUUGGAUAACCAAACCGCCCGCCAACUUGCACAUAGGAGUGGCCCUAGUUCGAAGACGCGUCACAUUGACGCCAGAUUAUUCUGGGUACAAGAAAAAGUUCAAAAUAAGUUGUUGUCGUACAUGCCCGUCUCUGGCCACAUCAAUCCUUCUGAUUUGGGAACAAAGGUGUUAUCGGAACGACGAUUUCGAGCGAUGCUUGGUGCUCAGAACUUCGUUGACACUGCAAACUCAGACGUUGCAGUAGGCCUGGAUGAGUGGAGUGAUCUCUUGAGCGAGUCUGGGAUACAUGUGCGACUCCGAAGGCUGCAUGCUCAGCUUCGGUCAGUGCGGAGCUCGCGGGCAGCGCGAGCACAGACGAUGAUGAUUGGCUGUUUGUUGGCAGCCACCCGUGGCGGCCUCGACGAGCUGCCAUGGUGA